AGUGAUUAUGACUAUGGUUGUAAAUAACAUCACUGGCUUGCAUUUUUAUUUAAUAAUACCAAAUACCACAGAUUAUAUUUGUAGUUUGUAUAAUCUGCGAUAAUACGAUCAAUACGGAAUAAAUCCAAACAAAACUGUAAAGUUUCAAUAAGUUAAUGUGCAAUUUUCGAUUUGUUUUUUAUUUUCAAUAUGCAUAAAAAUUCCAAAAACAAGAACAAACGAAAAGGAGGACAUGAGAGGGAACAAGAGAAAAAUAAAAAGCUUUUGUCUGUGACUGGGCAAAAGUGUGAAAAAAUUAAUUCAUAUUUCAAAGAAGUUGGUGAACCUGUGAAUGAAAAACAAGAAACUUUUAGCAUCGAACAAAAAAUUAAUGAUGUAGAUCCAGGUACAUUUAAUACUAAUAAUGCUGCCAUUUUAAUUGUUGAUAAUCAAAAACAAGGUAUUUAUUCAAGCUUGAAUAAAAAACAACCGAAUUCAACAAUAUCUGUUAUUGAUGACCACGUUGAAGCUAGUAUUGAUUUUGAAAAACAAGGAUUUGAAAAAUUUAAAAGACCGUUGCCUAAUCAUUUAGAUUAUUUCUUUAAUGUUCAUCCGAUUCAGCCUAUAGACCAAGCAAAAUUUUUUCCAUUUGAUUAUAAGAAAGUUUUUUUUAAAAAAAUGAUGCAUUAAGAACUUGGUGUACUUAUGACUUAAAUGAAGGUAAACUUUACUGCUUAAUUUGUUUAGCAUUUGCUACUGAAAAUAGUACAUUCACUAUUGGUAUUAAUGAUUGGAGAUACGUUCAUCAACAUAUUAAAGAACAUGAAAGUAGUAAAAAUCAUGAUUGUUGUUCAGAAGCUUACUUUAUCCAUAUCUAUAAAAAUGAUAUUGGGAAUUUAUUAUUUGUCAACCAAAAACGUUUACAAAGAGAAGUGAAAAAAUGUCAUCAAGUACUUGACCAAAUAAUAAAAGUAAUAAAGUUGAUUGGAAAACGCGAGAUUAGCAUUAGAGGGAAAAGUAAUGAAGCUGCUUACCUUCUUAAUAAUGAAUUUUUGGAUCAUGGAAAUUUUCUUGAACUUAUUGUUUCGCUAAGCAAGUAUGAUGUUGUAUUAAACGAACAUUUAAAUAAGGUCAUAAAGAAAAGUCAAAAAAAUCAUGAUAAUGAUUCAAAAGGCCGUGGAAAUUUGGUUACAUUUCUUAGUCAUUAUAUUAUGGAUAACAUAAUAAUCAUAAUUUCUAAUUUAAUUAAAUCAACAAUAACAAAAAAAGUAAAUGAAGCAAACAUGUUUUUAGUAUUAUUAGACACAACAUAGGAUGU